UCACCAAGACUCUGGCUUUUUCUUUCCCCUCUAUCAAUUUCUGUUCUGCCUUGAAGAAGGUCGACCUCUAUUUCACAGUGUACUACACCUCUACUGUCAACAUAAGAACAGGUUUAGUUACCUGAUCACCAAUUUACAAGAUGAUCAUCGGUAACGUCUACUUCAUCGCGGCCGUGGCCGUGGUGGGUGGUGCUCUGUUCGGUUUCGAUAUCUCGUCUAUGUCCGCUAUCAUCUCAACUGAGGCAUAUUUAUGUUACUUCGAUCAAGGAGGAAUCGUCAAUGGUAAAUGUACUGGUCCAUCUCCAGAUGUUCAAGGUGGUAUCACCGCUUCUAUGCCCGCUGGAAGUUGGCUUGGAGCUUUAUUGUCCGGUUAUAUCUCAGACAUGUUUGGUAGAAAAAGAUCCAUUCAACUUGGUUCCCUUAUCUGGGUUCUUGGCUCCAUCAUCGUCUGCGCUGCCCAAAACAUUCCCAUGCUUAUCGUCGGUCGUAUCAUCAACGGUCUCUCGGUUGGAAUCUGCUCCGCUCAAGUUCCCGUCUACAUCACCGAGAUUGCACCACCAUCUAAGCGUGGAAGACUCGUCGGUUGCCAACAAUGGGCUAUCACCUGGGGUAUCCUCAUCAUGUUCUACAUUUGCUAUGGAUGCUCCUUCCUCAAAGGAAACGCUGCUUUCCGUAUCCCAUGGGGUCUUCAAAUGAUUCCAGCUGUCUUCCUUUUCUUCGCUCUUUUCUUCUUGCCAGAAUCCCCACGUUGGCUCGCUAGAAAAGACAGAUGGGAAGAAGCUCACCAAGUUUUGUCUCUUGUCCAUGGCCAUGGUGACCCCAACUCCCCAUUCGUCGCUAAGGAAUUGGCCGAAAUUAGAGAAGUCGUUGAGUUCGAGAGAGCUAACGCUGACGUUACUUAUAUGGAGUUGUUCAAGCCCGAUAUGAUUAACCGAACACACAUUGGUAUCUUCACUCAAAUCUGGUCUCAACUUACCGGCAUGAAUGUCAUGAUGUACUACAUUACCUACAUUUUCACCAUGGCUGGUUUGGGUAGCAACGUUCUCUUGCCUUCCUCGAUUCAAUUCAUUAUCAAUGUCGUCAUGACAAUUCCUGGAUUGAUCUGGGUUGACAGAUUAGGUCGUCGUCCCGUCCUUCUUUUCGGAUCCAUCUUGAUGAUGCUUUGGCUUUUCAUCAACGCCGGUCUCUUGGCUACAUACGGAACCGUUCCAUACGAGGGACAAUUCUCCAGUGCCGCCGAAUCCAUUUCUAUUACCGGAGCACCAUCCAAGGCUGUCAUUGCUUGCACAUACCUUUUCGUUGCAUCAUAUGCACCAACAUGGGGACCAGUCUCCUGGAUUUACCCACCUGAGCUUUACCCUCUCCGUAUCCGUGGAAAGGCCGUCGCUCUGUCUACCUCUGCUAACUGGGCUUUCAACUUCGCUCUUGCAUACUUCGUCCCACCUGCCUUUGCCAAUAUUAGAUGGAAGGUUUAUCUCGUUUUUGGAAUCUUCUGUGUCGCUAUGACUCUUCAUGUCUUCUUCGUCUUCCCAGAAACUAGUCAGAAGCCUCUUGAGGAGGUUGAGGAGAUCUUCGAUUACUCAAAGCCUGGAAGCAUCAAGUUCUUGGGUACUCCAGCCUGGAAGACAGGUGUUGACAAGAGAGCAGGUCGUUUGGAGAGAGGAGAGUUUGAUGCUGAGGAUAAACUUGGUCCUAGUGUUGCUCAUCAUGACGGUGUUACAGCUGUUAAUGAGACUUCCAAGUCUGAGCUGUAGAUUGGAAUUGAAUAGAACAGAGUCGAAUAGGUGGAUGAGAUAAAAGAGAAGGAGAGUUGGGAGGUGCUAGCCGAAACAAGGCAUGAUUUAAUGAUGGUGUAAGAUUCAUAGGUGGAUGGAUGUAUGGGCAUUGGUGGGUCGCUACUUUUGCCUGCUAAUUAAGAAUCAUGUGGAUUGAUGGAUGUAUGAAAAUAAAAAGACGGAUGUUAAUGAUGGGAUUUUAUGUAAAGGAAAAGAUGAAUAGGAGGAUCAUUGAUACCCAGAUAUAUAUGAAUAUAAAUAUCAGAAGAUUUUUCUUGAUACGUUUUGGUAUUCCUUGAUGCAAUUGUAAAUAUUUGAUGGGAGUGG